UUUGAUACUUGGUAUAUAAAUAAUAACCUUGUUGAAACAAAAAAAAAAUAUGGAUGAUUUGAUGAAAAAUUGGAGUCCAUAUGCUGUAACAUAUGAUCCAUUGAAAGCUGGAAGUAUUGAUGGAACUGACACAGAACCACAUGACAAAGCAAUAACAAGAGCAAUUAAUGCACGUUAUGAUCCACCUCGUGACCUGAAAUCUGAUCCAUCUAGAACAUUAUUUGUUGGUAAAAUUGGACCAGAUAUAACUAAAAAUGAUUUAACAGAGUUGUUUAUGACAGUUGGUGAUGUACGUUCUGUCAAAGUAAUUGUUGACAUUGUGACAGGUUAUUCUCGAGGCUAUGCUUUUGUUGAAAUGAACAAUGAUGAUGAUGCAAGAAGAGCUGUCAGACGUUUAAAUGACAAAAUUAUAAAUGGUUGUAAAAUAUUUGUUGAUUGGGAAUGUUCAAGAACAAUGAAAGGAUGGAAACCAAGAAGACUUGGUGGUGGUUUUGGUGGAAAAAAAGAAUCUGGUCAAUUGAGAUUUGGAGGAAAAGAUAGACCAUUUAAAAAACCAAUUUUUAUAUCAACAAAAAAAUUAUAAAUAAAAGGCGAAGAGGUCGGACUUCAGAGCCGCUGAAGCUGUCGCGGACUCCACAUUCCAUCGGGAAACACCUUUCUGUGAACGCGUUUAUUUUCAACAAUCACUAGAGAUCACUGUAACCGAGGAGAUAAGACGAAGAUUUACUUUUUUUUCGAGUCUUUUCCGAGUG